AUUCAAGCGCUAGUAAUGUACAUUUCUUUUCAUUUUCUUCAAUAGCCUUCAGUUUUUGUUUUACUUCAGCAGAUAGUGGUUGGUCCUGUAUUUGAUAAAUUAAAAAUUAAUUAUUUAUUACAAUAAAUAUCCAGUAAUAGUUAAAUAAACUAUUGAUUUGUAUCAUAUUAAUUAAAUCAACGAUGAAUCAGUUUCAAAAUGUUCACAACGACCUUAAUUCCACGUGUCCAACUGUGGUGAUAACAAAUAGGAAGUCAGCUCCUGAUACAAAAAUAGCUAAUUUGUCUUUCAAUGGAGAAAUUUACCAUUUACAAUUGGGAAACACUACCAUCGGUCGUUCCCACAAGAAUGAUGUCCAUUUGAAUGAUGGUUCAGUGUCGGCGUUUCAUUCAAACGUGGAGGUGAGAAAUGCGGGUAUAUUCAUAACGGAUUUAAAUUCUACAAACUCAACGUUCAUUGAUAAUAAAAAAAUUUUGCCUCGAAGGAGAUACCAGCUUACUCAUGGCUCAGUGUUAAAACUUGGACAUGUUGAAGGGAUGGUUGAAAUUUUCGGGUACAGCAUAAUAAUAAGAAGCAUGUCACUUGUACCCAAUUUAUCUACAAGUAUGGAGACAGAAAGAAUCAGAGAAUCCGACAGUUUUGAGGUGGGAUUUAAUUUAUCAUCGGACAUUGAAAUUGUUCAUGAAAGAUCUGGUAUGGAAGUUAUCGAGGAAGUCUCAGUAAAUGCUGGUAUUGAUAUAGAUGAUGGUGAUAAUCGUGAUAAUGGUGUUAAAGAUGAUGAUGAUAAUGGUGGUGGCAAAGAUGAAAAGAAUAAUGGUAAUGAUAAUAAUGUGGAUGGCCCACAAGACGGUGGUAAUAAUAAUAGCAAUGAUAACGCAGGUAUAAUUGAUGUUAGUGAUACUAGUGAUAAUGGGGUUGAUGCUGAUGGUACCGAAGCUGAUGAAAAUAAUAAUAAUAAUAAUGAUGAGGAUAAUGCUGAUGAUGAUGAUGAUAGUGGUACAAAAGAAGAUGAAAGUAAAGAUAAUGAUAACACAGGUAUAAUUGAUGUUGGUGAUACUAGUGAUAAUGGGGUUGAUGAUGAUGGUACCGAAGCUGAUGAAAAUAAUAAUAAUAAUAAUAAUAAUGAUGAGGAUAAUGUGACCAACGGUAAUGAUGUGGUUGGUCUACAAGAUUAUGAAAACGAUAAUAAUGAUGAUAAUGGUAAUGGUACAAAAGAUGAUGAAAAUAAAGAUAAUGAUAACACAGGUAUAAUUGAUGUUGGUGAUACUAGUGAUAAUGGGGUUGAUGAUGAUGGUACCGAAGCUGAUGAAAAUAAUAAUAAUGAUAAUGAUAAUAACGAUGAGGAUAAUGAUAAUGAUGUGGAUAGUCUACAAGAUGGAGAUAAUAGUAGUAAUGAUGAUAAUGAUAGUGCUAAAAUAGAUGAUGAAAAUAAAGAUAAUGAUAACACAGGUAUAAUUGAUGAUGGUGAUACCAGUGAUAAUGGGGUUGAUGAUGAUGGUACCGAAGCUGAUGAAAAUGAUAAUAAUGGUAAUGAUAAUAACGAUGAGGAUAAUAAUAGUAAUGAUGAAAACGAUAGUGGUAAAACAGAUGAUGAAAAUAAAGAUAAUGAUGACACAGUUAUAAUUGAUGUUGGUGAUAUUAGUGAUAACGAGGUUGAUGACGAUAGUGCCGAAGACAAUGAAAGUGAUAAUAAUAAUAAUGAUGAUGGUGGUGGUAGUGAUGAUGAUGAUGGUGUCAAAGAAAAUGAUAAUAGUGAUGAAAAUAAUAAUGAUAGUGACGAUGAUGAGGAUGGUGUUAAUGACAGAAAUAAUACUGGACAUCGUUAUUAUUUACGUAAAAGAGGAACGGAGAAACAUGUGUCGUUCGAUAAACUUUUGCGUGCAAGGAAAAAAAAGUAGAUUUAAAGAAAUAUGUACAACAGCCCUUUUUAAAAAAUGAGGCAUUCAUUUUUUUUUUUUUUUU